CCCAGGGCCCCGCCUCCCACGUCUUCUGGUCUUUCCCAGGAAAGUGACUGCGUAGCUCUUGGUGGGGCCUGGGACUCUGCACUUCAGUGAGACCAGUUUCUCUGGACGAUGAACCACGCUUGGGAAACCCUAGGCUCCUGACUGUCACCUGCUUCAGUACCGGGGGUGGGUGAGUCAACAGAGCCCAGCCCUGGGGUUCCCGCGUCUUCCCACGCCCUCCCGGCACUCUGCGCCUCGUCCCAGCACUCGCGGAUCACACUCCCUGCUCUAGAGGAAAUCACCGAGGUCCAGGCUGUCUGACUGGGACAGACACACAGGAAGACUUACUUCAUUCCCAAAUGGCACCUUCCUUUUACCAACUUUUCCUAGUGACUAGCCUCUGGGCUGCGAUGUAUGGUGUGUCCCCACCCAGCGCCCCCUCAGCGGGGGGCCUCCCGGCCUCCCAGGUGGCCGCCAGCAACACCGCCUUCGCCCUCCGCCUGUACCGGAGGCUGGCGCUGGGCGCCCCGGGCGAGAACGUCUUCUUCUCCCCGGUGAGCGUCUCGGCCGCGCUGGCCAUGCUGUCCCUGGGCGCCCGCGCGGCCACCAGGCGCCAGCUGCUCCGGGGCCUGGGCUUCGACCCCGCGCGCCUGCCGGAGGCGGCCGUGCAGCAGGGCUUCCAGCGCCUGGUGGGCGCGCUCGGUGCCCCGCGCGCGGGCCUGGCCCUGAGGAUGGGGAGCGCCGUCUUCGUCAGCAAGGAGCUGCCGCUGCGGGCCGGCUUCCGGGAUGGCGCCCGGCGGCUGUAUGGCGCCCAGGUCUCCUCCGUGGACCUCUCCAGCAGCUCCGCCGCCCGGAGGAGGAUCAACAGCCUCGUGGAGAAGGAGACCCAGGGGAAGGUUGUGGACCUGAUCCGGGACCUGGAGCCCCAGGCCGCCAUGGUCCUGGUGAACUACAUCUUCUUUGACGCCCAGUGGGAGAAGCCCUUCAACCCUGCGUACACGAGUAACAUGUACCCGUUCGUGGUGGGCAGGACCACGGUGAGGGUGCCCAUGAUGCACCAGGUGGAGCAGUUUGCCUUCGGGGAGGACCCGGAGCUGAACUGCUCGGUGCUGCAGAUGGACUACCGGGGGGGCGCCGCGGCCCUCUUCGUGCUGCCCCGCCCCGGCGGGAUGCGGCAGCUGGAGCAGGCCCUGUCCGCAGCCACCCUGGCCAAGUGGAGCCGCUUACUCAGGAAGAGGUGGAUAGAGGUGUUCAUCCCUAAGUUUUCCACUUCUACCUCCUAUGACCUGGAGACCGUGCUCCCCAAGAUGGGCAUCCAGGACGCCUUUGACCAAAAUGCCGAUUUUUCUGGAAUCGCCAAGAAAGGCUUCUUGAAAGUUUCCAAAGUGGCCCACCAGGCGGUGGUGGAGGUCAGCGAGGCGGGCACCAAGGCCGCGGCGGCCACGGCCACCCAGCUCACCACCCGCUCCAAGGACAGCUCCCCCCGCACCGUCUGCUUCAACAGGCCCUUCCUGCUGCUGAUCGCCAGCAGGGCCGCGCAGACCACGCUCUUCCUGGGCAAAGUGCAAGACCCCACCCGGUUCCCGGCGGGGAGAGGCCUUCCGCGGAGGACACACAAACAGGCCACGUAACGGCGCACCGGAAAUGCACAGGCCGCGGCUCACUGCGCUGUGGGACCCAGCGCGGGCCCACGGCGGGCCCACGGCGGGCUCUCACACGAUGGUAGGCGUAGCAGACCCCCGGGCCUGGCCCAGGUGUCCUUGGGUGUGACCUUGAGCGUCCACGGCUCCCACCUGGGCUUAGCUGUGCCUCACAGUCAGUCAGCCUGGGAGGGCGGAGCUGUCCCCCGAGGGCUC